AUGGUUAAAGUGUGUUUUGCAAGUUCGUCCGAACAGGCAAUGCCAUCUGCCGGUUCUGCAAAGACUUCGUAUAGCCGGAAUGCUUUUAUGCAUUUUCUUAGUGAAUAUAGGCGCGUGUGUAAUCGCCGUUCGCCAGCUUGGAUGACAGCCGCUGAAGCAGGAGCGGUGUGGUCGCGGAUGCCUCUAAAUGACAAGUAUUGCUACAUUGAAGCGGCUCGCAAUGCUGGGUAUGUGUAUACGGCGCGCGAUCGACGCAUGAAUCGUGUGAUGCGUCAUCUACGCAAGUCUUUGACAGAACAUGAGAGUCGAGUCAAUUUGGUGCAGCUUUCUUCAGCCGUCAAGCAAAUGCAGUUGUGGAAGCGCAAAACACUAGAUGAAAUUUGCCGACGUUGA